UUCAUACCUCCUUGCUCUCCCUCUCCUCCACGGGCCAGACGGUCUUGACUCUACAAUGUCGGUCUCACCGACAGACGAGUCCAUCCUCGACAAGCUCGACAAGAUCGCUCCCGCAGCUCUCAACCAGUUCGAUGCCUUCCCGAAACUGCCUUCCACCUACAAGGCUCGCUCCGGCGGACGCGGCUUCCUCACAGUUCUCGUCGCUUUCAUCUCUUUCCUGCUCGUCGUAAAUGAUAUUGGCGAAUACAUUUUUGGCUGGCCGACCUAUAAAUUUGGUCUGGACAACAGGCCAGGGCACUACCUCGCCAUUAAUGUCGAUCUCGUCGUUAAUAUGCCUUGCAAACAUUUGAGUGUCGACUUACGUGACGCCGUAGGCGACCGGCUGUAUCUUAGUGACGGAUUCAAACGCGAUGGGACAUUAUUUGACAUUGGCCAAGCACAAGCAUUACAGUCACAUACACAAGCACUCGACGCCAGGCUGGCCGUGGCGCAAGCCCGCAAAUCCCGUGGUUUCUUCGAUACAAUUUUGAGAAGAAACAAGGAUAAAUUCCGGCCGACGUAUAAUUACAAGCCAGACGGCGGUGCGUGUCGUGUAUACGGGAGUAUACAGGCGAAAAAAGUUACUGCAAACCUUCAUAUUACGACUGCUGGGCAUGGAUAUCGCAGUAUGCAUCAUGUCGACCACUCACAGAUGAACCUGUCGCAUGUUAUUACCGAUUUUUCAUUUGGGCCGUACUUCCCAGACAUGGCUCAACCUCUGAAAAACACAUUCGAACUCACCCAUGAGCCCUUCAUUGCAUACCAAUAUUUCCUGAGCGUCGUACCUACAACGUACAUAGCCUCCAAUGGCAAGCAAGUACAUACGAGCCAAUACAGUGUAACGCACUACACUCGCGUUUUACAGCACGAACAAGGCACACCGGGUAUCUUCUUCAAAUAUGACUUGGAGCCGCUGCAGAUGACGAUACACCAAAAAACGACGACGCUUGUUCAGUUUCUUAUUCGAGUUGUUGGUGUGGUCGGCGGUGUAUGGUGCUGCGCAGGCUGGGCGUUCCGCAUCUCCUCAAAAGCAAUCGACGUCGUCUCAGGAGCAGACCGCGCACCAGGGAUCGUAGCAGCUGAAGCUACCGGUGCAUCAACGAAAAGAAAAUGGGGAGGCGGAGAGCUUCGAGCGAGAGUGGCGAGACAAGGAAAUGGUUGGGUUGUGGAUGGUGGGUCGCCGUAUGGGAGUUAUGCUAGUACACCUGUGGGGAGUGCGUUUUCUCCUAAUCCCGCUCCGUUUAGUUCCGGUGGAGGAGGUGGAGGGAGUACCUUAAAUACACCUGGACUGUACUCACCCGCUACUGCACAAUCUCCGUACGCCCGAGCUCCGGGAAGUGCAACAGGUGCUAAUGGAGGGCCGUACGGACUCGGCCUAAACUCCACACCUGGUUCAGCAGCGAUGUUCUCAGCUGGAACAAGCGGAGGUAUCCAAUCCUUCGCUGUGCAACAGCAACAACACCUCCAAGGUGGUGUACUCCCACCUACACCGAACCCAUACGCACCUACACCCUCUAGUGGGUUCCCUGCCUCUCCGAAUCUGCGGUCACCGCCGACUGGGAGUUUUGGUCCUACUGCACCUGCACCGCCGAGGAGAGAUAGUGGGAAGGAUGAGAAGAAAAUGGAUUGAUUUUUAAUGGUGGUUUGUUUCUUUUUUUAUGUUAGUUAGUUAGUGUUGGUUGGUUGGUUAUGUUUUUGUUGAUGUGUGGAUGGGAUUUGG